AAACCAUUAUUUGCUUUAUGAAAAAAGAACUACCUAAUCAUUCACCAAGAGAAUGUGAAAUGAAUCAUACUGUAAUAUUCACCAUCAUUAUAGAUAGAUUGAUUCAUAAUUUCAUAUCACACGGCCACUGUUAAAACCCUCACGUGCGGUUACUCUAACUAACCAUGGUUAGUUAAAAUUAAAAAAAAAUAAAAAUUAAAUUCUGAGCAAGGAGGGAGAAACAGAAACCACAACAGUAGAAAAACGAAAAUCCCCCGACACUGCAAAAAGCCAAACCCACCCUCUCCGGAUCAACACAGCAACAACUACUAACCAGUAGUAACAACAUUUUCUCUCUCUAAAAAUCUCUCUCUCUAAAAAAGAUUUUUCUCUUUUCUCUCUUCUUCGUUUCUCUCUCUUUUCCAUGCUACUCUAAGCUCUAUUCUCUGCGUUUUCAUGGAAUCGAAACGCGUUUUCGUCAUCGCCACCGUCUUUCUACUCUUCUCCGUCGGACUUCUUGUUACUCUUACUGGUUUUUGGAGUGGGGCUCGCUCUGGAACGUUGGUGUCGUUUUCGUUCUUGUUUGGAUUUGAGGAAGGAACGAACUACACACUCGUUCAUACUCCUCAUCGUAAACUUCUUCAAAAUCCUGGAACUGAGUCUGAGAGGGUGGAACCAGACAGAAUAUGGGGAGAGAAAUGCACGAAAUCAGACAUUGUGAUCAACCAAGGCUCAACAGCACCACUCCCGAGUGGAAUACCAACCUACACAGUAGAAAUCAUGAACAUGUGUGUAAGUGGAUGUGACAUUUCUGCUAUACAUCUUCGAUGUGGGUGGUUCAGCUCAGCACGUCUCAUCAAUCCAAAGCUCUUCAAACGCCUCCGUUACAAUGACUGCCUUGUCAAUGAUGGCAGACCAUUAGUCAAUGGUGGCACUGUUUCUUUUCAGUAUGCUAAUACCUAUCUCUAUCCUCUCUCAGUUUCCUCUGUAGUAUGCGUUUGAACAAGAGUCUUUGGAGAUAGUACUAUUAGACUAUUAGUCAUUCUUUUGGAUUUGUAUAUACACAUAUUAUAGAUGGUGUUUUGAUUCUGCUCAUCACUCUCAUGUGAUGAUGACACAAGAGGAAUAUUAUGCUUACAAUAUUUUUUUGAUACAUAGGAAACAUGUGGGGACUCAUGAGAAGAGGAUAUAAAGUUUCCCUUUUUGCUUUA